GUUCACUCGCCAUUCGCCUAUCGACUAAGCGUGCGAGCGGUUGAUCGCAACACAGUGAAAUCGUGUCUCGUAUUCGAAAACAAAAACAUAAUAAUGGCACACCUCGCUUUAUUAGUUCCCAUCCUGCUUCUUGGCCUUUUCGUGGACAAUGGCGAUUCAGUGCGGUGUUGGACCUGUUCCUCAGACUUGAACCCGUACUGCAACGACCCGUUCGUGGUGGGCUAUUCAGACAGCAACUAUCAGUUCAGACUGGAGAACUGCGACGCCAACACCGGGGCUACCUUCCCCUAUCUCACCACGUCGAGAUCUGCUUGCAAGAAGCAGAGGAAGUAUGUUAACGGACAAAUGGUGAUCUCCCGCGGGUGUACAUGGAAGCGUCAAGACGACUACAGUUCCCAGUGCCCCAGCUCUUCAAACGGGCCCAAUGAAAUCACCUCGUACUGCGAGACAUGCGACUACGACGGCUGCAACGGCGCCGCGGCAGUCGGCAAAACCAUAGCUUUAUUGAUGGCUCCCCUCGCUUUGUUGCUGUUCAAGUAAUUUUAACUAGUUCGUGGCGUAGCUAUAGAAGCAAUAAGAGAUAUUAUCAGAAAAUCGUCUCUAAAACUGCAAGUACUGAUGUUGAGAAAUGCGCUGAGCGUAUGUUUGUUUGAGAAAUCCUCUUGUUGAAACAAUUAAUAAGGUGCUUAAAACGAUAAUUCUAAAUUAUAUCAUUUGUACGAUGGAAAAAUAUCUUCAGUAUAAUGAAAAUAAAGUUACGCCACCACUUAAUUCCAACCAUUCUGAAUUAUGUAGUACAAAAUACUUUUACAUAUGGGACCAUGAGAUAUCCCGCAGAACACAAACAUUACGUAAUACCCACCGGUUGUGUUACCGAAGAAUCCAUUAAAAAGUUUUCUUUUAUAAUUUUGUGAAACAUUGAUUGUUACCAUUACAAUACAUUGAAUAUUACAAUAUGAUUUCGAAAAUGAAUAUUGGUAUUCGAACUAUAAUUACUUUAUCUUUUAAAACUUUUUUUAAGUUCUUUUCUAUCUCCACUCUUUCACAAGUUCAAAAAUAUUUUCUUCUUAAGAAAAUAACCGUUUUAAGUAAAUGCAUAAUUAUUUUUAAAUAGAAAAGUUAAUUUGCUUGCUUUGUGUGUUGGAGAUAUCCCGCAGAACACAAACAUUACGUAAUACCCACCGGUUGUGUUACCGAAGAAUCCAUUAAAAAGUUUUCUUUUAUAAUUAUGUGAAACAUUGAUUGUUACCAUUACAAUACAUUGAAUAUUACAAUAUGAUUUCGAAAAUGAAUAUUGGUAUUCGAACUAUAAUUACUUUAUCUUUUAAAACUUUUUUUAAGUUCUUUUCUAUCUCCACUCUUUCACAAGUUCAAAAAUAUUUUCUUCUUAAGAAAAUAACCGUUUUAAGUAAAUGCAUAAUUAUUUUUAAAUAGAAAAGUUAAUUUAAUGUAAAUAUGUUUAAGUUUAUUACAUAGAAUAACGUGUUUUGUUUACAGUAAGAUUAUUCCAAGUAUCAGUUUCCAACAAAAAAAACUACAGAUAUUGUUGUCUAUCUUUACAAAAGUCUAUACCUAAUGUGCCUUUUAUUGUUAAUUCUUAAAAAAUAUAUUUAUUAAAGCAUUUAUAUCUUAUGCAUCUCAUGAACAAUGAUUAAGUU